UGUUGAUAGAAACCCCAGUGCUAUGCUAAGGAAUUUUACCCAGAAAAUAUAAAGUGACUUUGACUUGGUAGCAUGGAGGAGACGGGAUCAACAGGAGAAGACUCUUUUGAGUCCUUGGCAGAGUUUCAGUUGGUCCUCAGUGAGCUGGUUGGCGAUGCGAGCAUGGACAAAAUCCGGGUGGAGUAUGAGAAGCUCACCCAUGCGCUGAAGAAGUCAAGAGAGAACGAAAAAAGGCUAAUGUCUAAAUGCAGGGAGCUGAAUGCAGAGAUUGUGUCCACCUCAACUAAGGUGGCUGCAGCCCUGAAAUUAUCCCAGGAAGAUGCAACAACAAUAACAUCACUAAAAAGGGAGCUGGAUAAAGCCUGGAAAAUGGUUGAUGCUGCUCAUGAUAAAGAGAAGAAGGACAAAGAGACAAUCAGGAAACUACAAGAAGAUGUUUCCAACCUAACAAAAAUGGCUGAAAUUCAGACUGGGUUUUCCAGGGACCAAGAACAGAAUGAUCUAUUUAACAUGAUUGAUGAGCUGACCAAAGAGAGGGAUAAGCUGCUGACUACAGCAGAGGGUCUGAGAGAAAAACUAAACAAAGCCAUUGCAACCCAGCAAGAGAUAGAGGCCAAACGAGAGCAUGCCAUGGAGAGUAUUUCACAGCUCCAACAGGAGCUUCAGGUGCAACAGAAUGAGAUUUCCCGCGAGAUGAGGCUGAAGGAAAAGCUGGAUAAGGAGGUAAAGCAGAUGCAUGUCGAUAUGGAGGCCAGGAUGGGUGAAAUCAAAGUUCUGAAUCUGCAAGGCCAAAAGGCUAAAGAGGAGCAGCAGAAACUGGAGCAGCAGCUAAAAGAGCUAAAAAUUUUGAAUGAAAAGUCAACCAAGGAGUUGGAGCAGAUGCAGACGAAGAACACCAAGCUGCAGCACGAGUGUGAGCAGCUGUCAUCAACCAAAGAACACCUCUCCCUGCAAAAUCAACAGAAUAUAAAUGAGCUUAAGAUGAGAGAGGAGGAGGUGAGUCAGUUGCGUCAGGAAGUUGCCAAACAAACAAAGAUGAGAGAAGCCAUCCAGAAGAAGUUCCACCAGAUAGAGGAUCAGAAAGCUGAUGUGGAUGUGCAACGGGAGACCCUGAAAGCACAGAUCGCUGGUCUGGAGAAAGAUCUUGAAUCUUCUCAGAAGCAAGUAGAAGCUGACAAGAAAGCCAUAGAGGAGCUGAUCCGAGAGAGAGACAUCUUAAAUAAGAACUUAAUCAAAGCUGUGCAGUCAACUGAGAAGCAGCAAAACCUUGUCAAGCUCCUUGAGCAGGACAAGAAAACGUUGGAGCACGAGAUCAGCGGCUACCGCCUGGAGGCCCAGAAGCAGCGCAAAAUCAUCCAGCAGCUGGAGAAAGAGCGUGACCGCUACAUCAACGAGACCAGCAACCUCAUACAGAAGGUACAACAAAAAAUGAAUGAUGUAGAAGUUAGAGAAACAGAGAUAUUUGACUGGAAGAAGAAGGUCACUGAGGCUGCAUGCAAGCUCAAACAGCACGAGAACUUGCUGGAGACUGUCGUGUCUGAAAGGAACCUCUACAGCAAAAACCUCAUUGAAACUCAGGAAGAGAUUGCAGAGAUGAAGAGGAAGAUGAAGACCAUGAACAACCAGGUCACCCGACUCAGAGAUGAGAUCAGUGGGAAAGAGCUGGCCCUUGCCAAGGAUCAACAGGAGCACAAACGCUUAGAGAAAGAAAACGAGACCCUCAAGGCAGAAUUGCAGCUGAUCAAGCUCCAGCUGGAAGAAACAAAGCAGUGUGUAGACAGCCAGAAAACAGAGCAGCAAAAACUGCAGAAGAUAAUAUCGGAUGCUGAUGCUGAGCAGACCCAACAGAAGAAACAACUGGAACAGGUGAUCAGAGAGCGGGACAGCCUGGGCAAGCAGCUGCUGCAUAGCAAUGACGAGCGUACACUGUUGUAUGAGAAGAUCAGAAUCCAGCAGUCAAUCCUAAGCAAGGGGGACUUUCACUACAAGCAGAGGAUCGAAGACAUCCGCCUGCUCAAGCUGGAGAUCAAGAGGCUCAGACGCAAGAAAAGCAUCCUUGACAAGACUUUGCCCAACACAGAGGAGCUGAGGCAAGAGCUGUUUCAUCUGCAGAGGCAGCUGCUCAGAGAGAGAGCAAGGAACAGCGUGCUUGAGGAGCAACUGAAGCCGAUAAAUAUUCACAGAUGGAGGCAACUAGAGGGGAGUGACCCUGGUAAAUACGAGCUCAUCCGUAAGAUUCAGUCCUUACAAAAGCGCCUGAUCGCCAAAACCCAAGACCUUGAGGAACGUGAGCUCUUGUUGCAGGAAAAGGAGAAGCUGUAUGUGGAGCUAAAGCACAUUCUGGCCCGGCAGCCAGGUCCUGAGGCAGCCGAGCAGCUCCAGCAGUGUCAGUGGACCAUCCGAGACAGAACCAAAAAGCUCAAGGCACUGAUAGCAGAGUUGAGGAUGCUUGACUCGAAGAUGAAUGAGUAUAAAAGUGAGAAUCAAAGACUGGCCACGGAGCUAGCAAACGUUACGAAGAAAUACCUAAGUGAGAAAAAGCUCCAAAGUGAGCAGAGGACAAAGAUCAAGGUGGAGCACCCGGAGCUUCUGCCUCAGCUGAGCAGCAAACCCCAUUUUACAGGAGGAGGUUUCAGAGUUGAUAACCCUGUAAGAAGAUAAUUUAACUAAAACUAAAACAUUCAAAAUGAAUAGUUCACAAAUCAUGACAUGACCUCGCACCUGUCCAUGACCUCAGUAGCAUAAGGUUGACCAUUUGUUGCUUUCAGUUUUAUGUUCUAAUAUAGUAUUUUUGAUGUGUGUAAAUCUUUGGCAAAAUUCCAGCAAAACCUGUACUUAGGUCUUUAAGAGCUUGGCUCUGCAGUACACCAGCAUGAAUUUAUUUAUAUUGUGCUUUGUUUAAUAAGAGUGAUUAUGCAAAUCUUAAAAGAGCAAUAUAGGUAUGAAAGAAUAUUUGUACGCAGAUUAGAAAUAGCAGUAUGGUUCUGAUGGGCAAUGUUCCCUCUAAGCUGCGCGCGUGUGCAAUUGCGCACUGCUGGCACGGUCUCUGCGCA